AUGGCAAAUAACAUAAUAAUGAAUAAAGCAUCUAAUCAAUUAAAUCAAGCAUCUGAUCGAUUUAAUUCCACUUCUGAAUUGAAUAUAAACUACAUGAUUAUAUCGAAGAACAAAAAUAUAGGUUUAAAUUAUGAAUCAGUAGAUAAGAUAGAGAAUUAUAAAGAUAAAAAAUACACUAUUGAUGAAAAGAAUUAUACCAUUGAUGAAUUUCUUGAAUACCUUUCAGAACAAAUCAAAUUUUCAUAUAUUCUUGAAUUACAAAAAGACAUUAAAGAUUUAGAAAUUUUUCAUUUAAAAAAGGAGUUUGGAGAGUAUUAUGAUGGCAUCCAUGGUAUUCGUGUUUAUUGA